AUGACCUCUCCCGACAUCUGGAGCCGUCUUCAGAAUCUCCAGCUGGAGCCCUUUUUUACCCUUUCCUGGGUGCUCACCUGGUUCACGCACAUCCUCUCCAACAGUAAUGACAUUCACCGGCUGUACGACCUCUUCCUGGCCACGGACUCCAUCAUGCUCAUCUACCUCUCCGUAUCGGUAAGUUACUACUACUAUUAA